AUGAUGAUUACGGUGUUCCACAAAGCAUGGCGCUUGACCCGUGGGAUGAUAUGUCACAAUAUGCACCAACCUGGCAACUUCCGUUGGUCACCGACCUCCCUGUCUGACAUAAGCUGCACCAACGUCGACCCCAUAUUUCCGAUCGAUUACGCCUCUCCGCAACAAACUGCUUCGCAAAAGAAUAGUCUUCCAUUACUCCAGUUCGGUGAUUGGGAGGAAGGUCGAACAUAUGAUGAGGACGCACCGGCCUGUAUCCACUAUUUGUUUGAGUUCUUCCGUGUUCUAGAUUUUACCUUCCUAUACAAAAGAUGA